AUGUACCAACCCAUCUGCUGGGCACGCACACUCUGCGCAGCCACAUCUCCGUCAUCCCUCAGGAACCCGUGCUGUUUUCAGGUACUAUCCGUUCCAACCUCGAUCCAUUCAACGAACACUCUGAUGAGGUGCUGUUAAAGGCUCUGGCCGAUGUGCAGCUCAAGGAUCUGACAGAGAGCAUGGGCAAUGGGCUGUAUUCGGUCGUGACGGAGGAUGGCGGGAACCUGUCCAUCGGUCAGAAGCAGCUGUUCUGCCUGUGCCGCGCCAUACUUUCUCACAACAAGAUCCUGAUCAUGGACGAGGCCACAGCCAAUGUGGACAAUAAAACAGACCAGCUCAUAUCCUCGACACUGCGCCAGCUAUUCACGGACUGCACCAUACUCACCAUUGUAAGUACAGACGCCGUUGUGACGCUUGGUUGUGCUUGGCAAGUGAUGUGGGCGAAGGAUUGUACUUGUGGAAUUGAUUACAGGAUUGUAUGUGAGGUGCAUACAAUGUGA